AGAUGAUUAAAUUUACAUACAUUCAAAGCAGAAAUCCGAAAGACAGGAAUGAAUCAUAGCCAUUGCAUCAAAGCCUGUUUCCCCGCAGUACAUUCUGUCCCAAAGUACCUGACAUCCAUCUUCCACAGCCAAACAACAACCAAGAAUCAAGCAUUACCGCAAAACAUCAAUCCUUCAGCAAUUGAAGAUCAUUUACCCAAAUCAGUCCAUCAUGUCUCUCGCAACCCUGGAUACCACAGAGCACUCCAACCUCCCCGCCGUAUCGACAACUCUCUUCAAAGCCAAGGCAGCCCGGAAGCUGAGCUUCGAGAAAAUUGGCGAGCAUCUCGGUCGCAAUGAAGUAGCUGCAGCUGCUAUAUUCUACGGCCAGGCCAAAGCGUCGCCCGAAGACAUUGAAAAGCUAGCCGAUCUUCUUCUCAUCCCCCAGGAGACUUUAGAGGAACAACUCAGCGGCUUCCCCGAUCGCGGUCGCUCCGUUGAAAUGCCACCCAAGGAGCCCCUUAUAUACCGACUGUAUGAGAUCGUGCAGAACUAUGGAUAUGCCUACAAGGCGGUUCUCAAUGAGAAGUUUGGGGAUGGGAUUAUGAGUGCUAUCUCGUUUUCGACAAAGGUUGAGAAGGAGACUGACGAGGAUGGUAAUAACUGGGCUGUUAUCACUCUUCGUGGUAAAUGGUUGCCCUUCUCUCGGUUCUAAGCCGAAGGAUAUUACUAGGAAGUAGCAGAAAUUGACAUGGAUUUUGU